AUGACCAACCAUACAAGCAUAACUGAAUUUGUCCUCCUGGGAUUCAGGGAUCAUCCAGAGCUACAGUAUCUUCUUUUUGUGGCAUUCCUACUUAUCUAUAUGACCACUGUGGUUGGAAAUCUCGGCAUGAUCCUGUUAAUCAAGAUUGACUCGCGUUUCCACACUCCCAUGUACUUCUUUCUCAGUAACUUGUCUAUUGUUGAUUUCUGCUACUCUUCUGUCACUGCCCCCAACAUGCUGGUGAACUUCUGGGUGGAGAACCCAGUCAUUUCAUUUAAUGGAUGUGCCACUCAAUUCUUCUUCUAUGGUUCUUUUACUGGCAUUGAGAGCUUCCUGUUGGCCGUGAUGGCCUAUGACCGUUACGUGGCCAUCUGCAAGCCUCUCCUUUACACAGUCACCAUGUCCCCUCAUCUCAACAUCCUCUUGGUGUUAUUUACAUAUCUUGCAGCCUUCAUAAAUGCUGCCAUUCACACUGGCUUCACCUUCCAGCUGUCUUUCUGUGGCUCAAAUGUCAUCAACCACUUUUUCUGUGACCUUUUGCCACUCCUUAAACUCUCUUGUUCUGACACACACAUCAACGAGGUUAUUAUUUUUGCUACUGCCAGUUUUAAUGAACUGAGCUGCAUCCUGACUAUUCUUGUUUCUUAUCUCUACAUCCUGGCUGCCAUCUUGAGGAUCCAGUCUGCCAAGGGAAGGCACAAAACCUUCUCCACCUUUGCUUCCCAUUUGAUGGCAGUCACCAUCUUCUUCGGGACAAUUCUAUUCACGUAUCUGCACGCCGGCUCCAGCUACUCAAUGCACCAAGACAAAGCGGUGUCUGUGAUGUAUACAGUGGUCAUCCCCAUGUUGAAUCCUCUCAUCUAUAGUCUGAGAAACAAAGAGGUCAAAGCUUCCUUAGGUAAAAUUUUUAAAACCAACUCCUUUUACUGGUGUUGUUAA